AUGCAGUUAGGCCUGGAGGAAGCAUUGCCAUGUUUGGUGAAGGCCAAAUUUGCUACCGCGAGAGCCAGUCAGGCUUUGAUCUUUUCGUCCACUGAGCUCUCCAUCUUACGAACCGGAGCCGGUGCACCUGAGUAUGUAUUUUCUGAUCGAUACGCCAGUNUUCAACUCCGCUACUGUCCAGCAUUAGCANAAAAGCCCACCAACAACAAUGACAAAGUCAAAGCCAAAGGCCCAAAGCCAGAUCCUUUCGACAACCCUUCUGAGGACCUGCUAAUUGCGCCCAUUCCCACUGCCAAUGCCAGUCAUUUGCUCGUGUUGAACAAGUAUCCCGUCAUCCCUCAGCACUUCAUCAUUGCGACAAAGCUUAAUAAGCAACAAACACACAUGCUUGAGCAGGAUGAUCUAGCUGCCACACACGCUUGCCUGAGAGCUUGGGAGGAGAACAAGCAAAACGGAAAGUUGUUCGCCUUCUUCAACUCUGGCGAGCACAGUGGGGCUAGCCAGGCACAUCGACACCUGCAGUUUCUGAGCGUUGAUGAGAUGAAGCGAGAUCAACAAGACAGCUCGAGCUGGGAUCCUCUGAUCGGACGAAUGCUAGAAGCUCCUGCCAAGGAAGCACAAGAACUAAGGGCCAAUCCUGAUCUACCCUUCACUCACUACGCUCUCCAGCUUCCGCAGGAGCCUAGUCAGGAGACACUCUACUCGUCCUACAACAAAUUAUACGAAGCUGCUGCCGCCGCAGUCAGAUCCUACAUCUCGUCCAACCAGGACUCUGGGCUCGAACUUCACCCUUCCGAGGGAGGAUCAUCGCCCAUCAGCUACAACCUCGCCAUGACGACUUCGGCAAUGGCUAUAGUCCCACGCAGGAACGAAGGCGCCCCGAUCAAGAACGACCAAGGUGUUGAAGUCGGAAGUGUCGCCUUGAACGGUACAUUGUUAGCCGGCACUUUGAUGGUCAAGCUCGAAGAUGAAUGGAAUGCUUUACGAAACGACGAACUACAACUCGACGGAAUCUUGGAGGCAAUUGGCAUCCCUAGGCAAUAGACCCACGCUCCAUUCGGGUGAGCCACAUGA